AUGAGUGAUCCCGAAUCCGACGAUAUAAAACCUUCUUUAUCAAACGAUGAUUGGAAAAAAAAAUUUAUUGAACAGAUUCGAAAUCCAUCAUAUUAUGAAAAGAUUAAACCUUCCUUACCAAAUUCAACAGAUCCUGAAUCAUGGAAAAGCUAUCGAAUAAAGCUUUCAGAAUAUUUGGAGCGUUCCAUGUAUUUUGAACCUAUUUUGUCUGAACUAUUCCUUAUCGAUAUAUUAAUAUCGGCAAAACCCGGCAAUGAUGACAAAGCCAUAAUCAAUGAAUAUGCAAAAACAAUGGAGAACAGUAAAAAUACACCUAAAACCAAGCUUUCUAGGGAAAUCCAUAUUUCUUCUACAAAAAUAAAAGAAAGAAAAGUCGUAAUAUGA